AUGAGUGGUUUUUCAAUCAAUUUAAAGAAGGGGAAGCUUUCCAAGAGCAAGUCUAACAAGAAAUCUAAAAUGAAGAACCUUUUCCUGGACUCAAAGGAUAAUAACUUGAAAAAGAAAACCAAAAUGAUGCUAACACAUUUUGAUGACGUAUCUGAACCAAACGAACCUGUUCCAUUGGUUAUUAAACCUGUUCCAAACCAGCCAUUGAUCCCGAUAGUCGAUGAAUCAAAUACUGAGCGUAUAGACGAUGCCUCGAUUAAAUAUGGAUUAAAUACUGCGAAACAGUAUGAUGACGAAACUACCAAGGGUAUAUCUAGUGUUGAAAUUGGAAUAGAUUAUCAAAAUAGCAUUAUGAACAAACAUUUAGAACAACUACCAGAAAUAACGAAAGAGGAAGAGUACGAUGAGGUACCGAUAGAAGAAUUUGGGCAUGCUCUGCUCAGGGGCAUGGGAUGGGAUGGCAAAGAUGAUAAUGAUUAUGAUGAUGAUAAGAAGAAGAAUAAAUCUGAAAAGUUACCACAUCAAACAGUAAGAGCAAAAUUCUCAGGUAUUGGAACAAAUGUUACUAUUGGCAUGGGUUUACAAGAAGGGACAUUUAUGCCAUUGAAAAAAAUCGAAAGGAAUAAAUAA